GUGUGUGCUCUGGGGAGGAAGUCACUGGCAGCCUGCACCUCGUACUGCCAGCAUUGUGGUACUGUCCGACCGUCGGUGUUGGGGGGAUAUGUUCUCCUGGGCUCCGUACACAGCAGCGCUACUGCUGGUCCUAGCAGCAACAGCGAGAACCUCGACCAAAGGACAGCAGCAGGAGCAAGGUGACAUCACCUUCGACCUCCUCCAGGAACCGGCAAAACCCGACCCUGCAGAGGAUGCCGUCGUUCUCGACCUUCUCCGGACAGAAGACGACCCCGUAAAGGCCAGCAGCCCUGCAGGGGACGACUCAACAAAUUCCCAUCCCGAGGAAGAUGACGUUGUCUUGGACCUCAGUAGUCCUGAAGCGGCUGGUCUCGAACUGCCCGCGGACAGUCAAGAGGUCUCUGCUGCAGGUGGGUCCCCCGACCGCGACACCUUUGCAGCAGGCCACGGAGAAGACAAGUCCAACAAGGCAGGUGAUAAGGACCAGCUCGGCUACAAGGACCAGCUCGGCUACAAGGACCAGCUCGGCUACAAGGACCGCCACUACAACAAUCACGACCAGGACAAUGCCAAGGGCCCUCAUGAUAGCCAGGACAAGAGGGCCAAGGGUCCCCACGAUAGCCAGAACCAGAGGGGCAAGGGUCCCCACGAUAGCCAGGACCAGAGGGCCAAGGGUCCCCACGAUAGCCAGGAUCAGAGGGCCAAGGGUCCCCACGAUAGCCAGAACCAGAGGGCCAAGGGCCACAACGACAAACCCAAGUACCGUGUGAACGUUCACAAGGAAGGGAGUCACCACUACGGCCAUCGCAAUAAAUCACAUAAAGAUAAGGGGAAUAACGAUUCGUACCGUAAGGAGAAGACUCUCCACAACAACAGGAAGUUCGAGCACCUUGAGGCCAAGAAGCACUUCGACCACCGCGACGCCAAGAAGCACUUCGACCACCGCGACGCCAAGAAGCACUUCGACCACCGCGACGCCAAGAAGCGCUUCGACCACCGCGACGCCAAGAAGCGCUUAGAGCACCCCGACUCCAAGAAUCACUUCGACCACCGCGACGCCAAGAAGCGCUUAGAGCACCGCGAUGCCAAGAAGCGCUUCGACCACAGCGACGCCAAGAAGCGCUUAGAGCACCCCGACUCCAAGAAUCACUUCGACCACCGCGACGCCAAGAAGGGCUUCGAGCACCGCGACGCCAAGAAGGGCUUCGAGCACCGCGACGCCAAGAAGCGCUUCGACCACAGCGACGCCAAGAAGCGCUUCGACCACCGCGACGCCAAGAAGGGCUUCGAGCACCGCGACGCCAAGAAGCGCUUCGACCACAGCGACGCCAAGAAGCGCUUCGAGCACCGCGACGCCAAGAAGCGCUUCGAGCACCGCGACGCCAAGAAGCGCUUCGACCACAGCGACGCCAAGAAGCGCUUAGAGCACCGCGACGCCAAGAAGCGCUUCGACCACCGCGACACCAAGAGGCAAUCCUUCAAGUACUCUGACCCUGGCAUCUCCACUAAGGCCACCAGGAGGCGGGACUCCAAGAGCGCCUACAACAAGAGGGGUAGCUCGAUCAAAAGUGACGUUACAAGUAGCGAUGCAGGGUCGAGUGAGAAACCUUCUGGGGUCUCAGGAGUGACAAGGAGCACCGUGAACAAAAUCCACUACAAGAGAAAAGCUAAAAGUGUCGUUCGUCAUAUUAAAGGUGAAAAAGAAAAGGCUAAGUCAUCGAAGGUACAGAGCGCUAGUUCAAAAUACAAGAGUUUAAGAAGCUCUGAAGCAAAAUUUCAGAGCGUGAAAGAUUCCAAAGGGAGAUAUAAAAGAGCUCAACAAAAUAAGGCAGAGUCGAGAACAAAAUUUAAUACUACUCAAAAAAUUAAGCCAAGAGUGAAGGGAGAUAGACUAAGAAAUGUUAGGUAUACAAAACAUAUUUCAAAACCAAAAUUCACAAAAGCACCAGAGAGACAAAGAGGUCAGAAAGAACAAGGCCAAGAAAACAAAUUUGGCUCUACAGAUAUUGGACACAAACAGAGACGUGAAAAUGUUGCGAAAGUUAGUAAGAAUAAAGCAGCCAAGGUAAUAAAAAAGACAAAGUUAUUACAUUCUUCUAAGGAAACAAGUCUUCAGUAUUCUCAGAAAGAGAAGUUAAGUAAAGGAUCUGGAGAGCUUUCUCAAAGACGUCGGGGAGGCAAGAAGCCGCACAAACCUCGCUUCAGUUCUAUUCACCGGGAAACACGAGAACAAUUGGCAAAUUUAAAGAAAGAGAGAAACAAAAGAGAGAUCUCAGCAUCCGUCAACUCGAAAAUACGACAUCGUAAGUUUGGUGGGUCAGGGCGCAAGGAAGGCAGGAGAGGAGGGCAACGCAAGCUUAAAUCACACCUUGGGAGCUCCCAGCGGCAAAGUGAGAGAGAAAACGAUGUAAGUCAUUCAUUGCAUUUGAAGCAGCUGGGAAAAGAGCCACACGCGAAUAAGAUUAAGAAGAAAAAAUCAAUUACAAACCGGACAAGAAACUGGAAAACCUCGAAGAGCACUACAAGACGCAAUCGUCAGCUUCUUGGAAAAAACAAUAAGAACAAUGACAUAACACCAAGGAGCGAGAAAUAUCAAGAGAGUGUCACAAAAAAUCGAACCAAUAACGAAAAAAAGUUCAAAUCUCAAGCCUUUCAGGGGAACUACGGCAGAAAAAGCCACAACCCUCAAGGGAAGAUGAGACAAAAACAAAGGAUUAUAAGGACUAAUCUUAGAAAGCGAAAAGUGAAGAUAAGCGAUGUCAACAUUGACACCAAAAGGGAAAGAAGAAGUGAGACAAAAAUCAAAACAAACCGCAGCACGAGGAAGAACACUGCUAAGAAUCCACUAAGUGGCAAACUUCUACGAUCAAGGCAAGACGCAGGGAACAAAAUAAAUCGAAGGCAGGAAACAAUGAACGAAAGAAAUCGAUGGAAGGAAGGCAGAAACAAGAGUUUUCGAAGGCAGGAAGUGAGGAACAAGAGUAAUCGACGGCUCGAAGCAAGGAACAAAAGUAAUCGGGGGAAGGAAGGAAAAAGCAAGAACUAUCAAUCGCAGGGAGCAAGGAAUAAGUAUAAUCGAGGGCAGGAAACACGGAACAAGAAUAAUCCAGGGAAGGUAGGAAAAAAUAAGAGUUAUCAAAGGCAGAAAACAAAGGACAAAAGAAGCCGAAGGCAAGAAGCAGGGAAAAAGAUUUAUCAACCAAAUAUGAGAAUAAGCAAAAGGAAGGAAUCAAAUAUCAAUAAAAAUAGGCGCAGAGAAGAACGUGUAUCUAGACCUCGAAAUCCUCAAAAUCGAGAACACCGGGUCCCUCAACCCUCUCCCCGGGGCCGUGUCAAAGAUCUCCGGGGCCAUGAUAAACCUCCCCUGGGGUUUAACAAAUAUAAACUAUUCAAACAAAGUCAACCUCAAUUAAAAAACCUUCAAGACACUGAUUUUUUCAAAAGACCAAAAUCUAAAAAAUUGAGAAACAAGACAUUUGCAACAGUCAAAAGGAAAAGGAGAUCGUUGUCGCGCAGAAAGUCCAACAACUCUCCAGAACACCUAGAGGAUCAUAGAGGUCGCAGGAAGCACCGGAGCUCUGGUAAAAUUACUAAUGCAAGAACGUUUACAUCCAGAGACGUUACGAGAUCACGCCGAGGGCAGCAGCAGAGGAAAGAAGCUGAUGCAACAAUCAGAAGGCUGAAGAAUUCGCCUCAAAAAUCUAGAAGGGUUGAGAAAAGUUUUGUCCUCCGGAGAAACAAACUAAGCCACAACUCCCCGACAAGAAACAGACAGUUACGAAAACGACUCGAAAACCAGAGGAACAUUUCACAUGAAAACACAAGAAUGAAGACCACAGAUCGCAAAAACAAAGAAGCAAUUAUAAAUCACAAGAAAAAUGAAAAAUUAUCCAAGAGCAAAUCCAGAAGAACUCGGCCAAAACUUUCCAACAAGACAGAAUACAAGGAAAGUCACUUUAAGUCUAAGGACUCCCUACAGAAGGCAGGGAGAGGGAAAAUGGCAAGUGUCGAAGGAAAGUUGUUGAGUACGUGUCUCAAUACUCUGUCCAGAGUUUGUCAGUUAAUCGACAAAUGCCUCCUCGACGCUUACCAACCGGAGCGACUCGCAGAAAACGAGAUUCGUCGCUCAGGAAAAACGAGACCUCACCGGAGAGACUACGUUAGAGACAACAGCAAGGGUGGCGCGAGGAGAAUGAUGCGACCAUCGACAUAUAUCAAGAUACACAAACAAAGAGCCAAUGAACGCUAUAAGAGCAGCUCUCCAGGGAGAAACAGAGGAACAAAACAACAAAAUAACUGGCUACAACACACGAAAUAUAAACAAAAAGACUCGAGACGCAACAAAAGGCGAAGUUUUGUUGCUAGUAACAGGAGACGCCAGCCAUGGGAAUAACCCGCACCGGACCCGUCUUGUCAAAGGCUCACCAUUAACCAGACAAACUUGCACCGUUAUUCAUGCCAAGUAAACCUCGGGCGCUUGAGAUUUCUGAGUAAAAUUUAACUAUUCUAAAAAAAUAAUAAUAUUUACACCCUCAGGAAGUAAGAAAUAAGCAGUGUGCAGACAGUAUGAUUCAAAAUAGUUAUAUUUAAAUCGUCGUAGCGGCCCGAAGAAGUAUACAUAAGCCUUGGUAAAAUAGUUCACUCGGAAAGCAUAAAAGGAACUAAAUAAACUAAGGCAGAAAAAAAAACGGAGAAAUAAGAACGGCGAACAAGACAGUCAGGCGGAACAACAAUGAUGAAAUGAGGAUUACAAGAACUGGAGACAAGGUUAGGGGAACAACAGGUCCCUGAAGACUGUCGUCCAGAGGGGAUGACAGGGACGACGACUCUGCAUCAACAACGAGCCACAACCGCUCACAGUCACCAUAUAGAUCCAAAGAAUAAUUUGAGUAAAUUAACAAAAAAUAGCCAAGUAAUCAAAUGAACAAUUAUAUGACAAAAAAACUGUCUGCCGGUCUUAACUAAUAUCCGCGAGAAAACUAGAAAGAAAAAUGUCUAAAAAAUACGAAGCGAAGCUAUGGUAACCUACGACCUUUAGAACAUCAGACGAAUAGUGGGUACAGACCUGCCUCAGGGGAUUCUGACAGGACUGACAUUAAAAACGAUCUCAAGUAUUGUGCCAGUGAAGGUAGAGGAGAAUCAUAUUGUUCAGCAUUAAGAGAUUUAGUCUUAUAAUUCGUAUUACAAGGCCAACAAUGCCUUAUAAUUAAUAUUAUAAGGCAUUAUUGGCCUUAUAAUACUAAUCGUUUGACUAACAACAUCGUUACAGAAGUGUCACCUGUUGAUGCGUGAUUAGACCUGCUUUAAGUAAUAUAUAUGGAAAAGCAUGUGAAUACAAACCAGGAAGGCAAAUGAAAAUCUGUCGACAGACUAUACCAGGUGACACAGAUACAUGUAAAAGAAGCAGUAUUAUUCUCGUGACGGGCUGAAUACCAGUGAAAAGUCUGAGAGGCCUACCUUACCUUGAGGUGCCUUACCUCACCUGAGGCAAUUAUAGUCUUAAAUAUCUCUACCUGACACGAGGGAAAAUGAGCGUGGAACAUGAGCCAAAUACACAAACAAGUAAUCGAAACAGAACAAAUCAAGCAUUCUGCAGAAGAUCAAAG